GGCCCUUAAACCCCUCCCCCCUCUUCGAUUCAUCGUUCAUCGUUUUUCGUGGAGCUGCAAUUUCUUUUUCCGAUAGGGAAAAUGAAACUGAUUCGAAGUGCACUGCGGUACGCGAACGCCGCUCUGCCCCGUCAAUUUCAAAGCCCUCAUGUAAUCCGUGCUUUUUCGGCAAGCGCUUUUGCAGUUACUGAUGAUAAGCACAACUUUAACUCGUCUGAGUCAGUUGAUGAAUUUGAGCAACGGAUAUUUCGCGACGAGAGUCUUCCCAGUUCGAGGUUUUUCAGAAAGCUCGACAGAGUCGAGAAGGCACAUGAUCGAUCUGGGAUGGGAAUUUCAUUUAAAAAGUCUGAUAUCAUGGAUAGUUUAGGUGAUACUGAUAAUUCGUUAAACGAUGGAAUGGAUUAUAAGCUGAGGAAAGCGGCAACUUAUUUUGAGUUUGACCCUGAGGAAGUAACUAGAGAAGAUUAUGUAUUCCGGUCUGAUAUUAAUUUCCAGGCUGGGAUGACUUACGACCCCAAGGAUCUUGAUCUGCGAAAGCCUGGAGUACGUAAGCCUGUCAAAAGGGGCGAGUUUGAGACAACAACAGAUGAAGUAUUACUGAAAGCUGAUUUCAGGAAUGUGAAAUUCCUCGCAAACUUCAUCACAGAGGCUGGCAUCAUUAUCAAGAGGAGCAAGACUGGAAUCAGUGCCAAGGCACAGAGGAAGAUUGCUCGUGAGAUAAAGACUGCACGAGCGUUUGGUUUGAUGCCUUUCACCACAAUGGGAACCAAACAGUUCAAAUACGGAACAACAAUGGAAGACGAAGAUUGUGAUUUUGAGUACGAGUCCUAUGAUCGUAGUUUUGUUGACGAGGAUAGAGGUGAUUCUAUGGCGGCCUAAAACCUCGUCCUCUUUUGCUCUUUGUAGUUCUUUAUGUUCAAGGAAUAGAGCACUGUUGUUUGUCAUUUUGUAUUUGUUUUGUCAGAAGGGAGAACUUUUAUAUUGUAAGCCCAAUAAACUAGGUUGUAUGGUGGUAUUUCUGAUGGGCUUGUAAUUGCUGCUGACAGCUUCUUGGGCUUUAAUUGGCUAUUGGGCCUAAUUUAUCUUCUUUUUAUUU